GAAAUAGAAACCACCUUAGCUAGGGAAGUAAAAGAAUGGCAGUGAGAGCGAGCCCUGCCGUUCCUCCUCCCUUCACCAUUUUCGUCCCAAAGCCACCUUCUCAUCGUCCCUCCACAGAAGUUCGCUUUUCUCGUUGGAAUAACGCCAAUGCUGAGAAAUUCAUCCGACAUGAACGCGAACAGAAUGAAAUCGAAGACGAAAUCCGACGCGAACGUAGGUUCAAAUCUGCCUCCAUAAUCGCCACCAAUCCCGGCACCGCCGCCGCAUCAACCGCCACCACCUCCUCUGAUAACGAAAGCUUCAAGUCCUUUGGAACCCCUUCUUCACCUUCUCGCUCUUCAAUCCCUGGCAAGGCUUCAAAAUACUCCAAAAAUUCUAACCCUGACCAUACUUCUUCUAAUUCCCAUCCAGCGUUCCGUCGAUUCUCCAGAAGAAGUUCAAAGAUCCCCGCAAUAGAGACAGACGUUGGUGUCCGUGUCGGAGAGAAUGGAGUCGCUUAUCGAGUUCCCAACGCACCCUUUGAGUUUCAGUACAGUUAUACUGAAACUCCAAAGGUUAAGCCCUUGGCGUUGCGAGAACCACCGUUUGCACCUUUCGGUCCUACCACAAUGCCUCGGCCUUGGACUGGUAGAGCUCCGCUUCCCUCGAGUAAGAAGAAGUUACCGGAAUUCGAUUCCUUUCGAUUGCCACCACCACAUAAGAAGGGCGUGAAGCCUGUGCAGGCACCUGGCCCAUUUCUGUCUGGCUCGGGACCCAAGUAUGUCAAGUCCAGGGAGGAGAUUCUUGGUGAGCCCUUGACGCAGGAGGAGAUUAAAGAGCUUGUCCAGAGUUGCUUAAAAUCGAGGAGACAAUUAAAUAUGGGUAGAGAUGGUUUGACACACAAUAUGUUAGAAAACAUACAUGCUCUUUGGAAGCGGCGGAGAGUGUGCAAGAUAAAAUGCAAAGGGGUGUGCACAGUUGACAUGGACAAUGUUCGUCAACAAUUAGAGGAGAAAACUGGAGGGAAAAUCAUUUACAGUAAAGGAGGGGUGUUAUUUCUGUUCCGUGGCAGAAAUUACAAUUAUAGGACUCGCCCCCGCUAUCCUAUUAUGCUGUGGAAACCUGUUACUCCAGUGUAUCCAAGGUUGAUUCAACAGGUUCCAGAGGGUCUAACACUAGUGGAGGCAACAGAGAUGCGCAAGAUGGCGCGGAAAUUACCAUCAAUAUGCAAGCUUGGAAAAAAUGGUGUCUACUCUGACUUGGUCAAACAUGUCAGAGAAGCAUUUGAAGAAUGUGACUUGGUACGGAUAAAUUGUCAGGGAAUGAAGGGAAGUGACUACAAGAAAAUAGGUGCUAAACUAAAGGAUCUUGUCCCGUGUGUUCUUAUCUCAUUUGAACAUGAGCACAUCCUUAUGUGGAGGGGAAGAGAUUGGAAAUCAUCCCUCCCAAAACCAGAAGAUGACUGUAAGGAAGCCAAGGAAUCUGAGACAUUUAGUACGGUUUCUAUAGCACCCAGUCAUGCUGAUUCAUUGCCUACAGAAUGCAAAGGGACACUGCAAUUAUGUACUCCAACGAGCUCAAAAGAUGUUUGUCUUGACACAAACAAUACAAGGAUGAGUGCAUAUACAAAAACGGAAGGAACAGAGGAAGAUACAAAAACAGAAGGAAUGGAGGAAGAUACAAAAUCAGAAGGAAUGGAGGAAGAUACAAAAACGGAAGGAACAGGGGAUAUACUAUCUCAUCCUAAAAUGGAUGUUCAGCCUACAGCAGCUACUCUCGUGGGUUCAACUGCAAUGAAAACCUAUGAAGCUGAAUCCUUUUCAUAUAGUAUGAGGACUGUUGAUGAUGCAUCAGCAUCAACAUCUGUGCUUACCACUGGUACAACUAUCAACAAUUCUAAUUCCACACUUACUAAGAGUGCCGCCGAUGAUGAAUUAGAAGCUACAUCAAUGGGUGCUGGACAUUAUCUUGCAUCUGUUCCUGCAUCACAUGGCAUCACUGCUAAUGAUGAGGUGCAUGAUGCAUCAGGCGAUUUACAUCACUGCAAGCAGCUUGCAAGCCCCUGGUUGGAUUGUACAGAGGGAGUUAAACUACUUCUGCAGAAAGCUAUUGAGAAUGGAAGUGCAGUUGUCCUGGAUGGUGUGUGUUUGGAUGCUGAUACUGUUUAUGAAAAAGCAGUUUCUCUUGCCAAGGCUUCUCCACCUGGGCCUGUUUUCAAGCAGAGACCCAAGAGCGUCCUGGUCCGGAAGAUUGAGAAGCAAGAACAUGGUGAUUUGAAGGUUGAGGAAAUUGUUGCAGUUUCAGAUAAGACAGGAACUGUGAAUAAGAGUUCAAGAAGUAUUGUUGCAGUUUCAGAUAAGAGAGGAAACGUCAAGAAGAGUUCAAGAAGUCAGAGAAUUAAAAAUUUCACUGAAGUUUCUCCUGAUAUAGUACCACAUGGGAGCCUUGGAGUAGAUGAAAUAGCUAAGCUAUUAGCUUAGCAGAGGAUUUCUCUUCUUUAUUCUCAUACAACAUGGGAGCCUCAGAGUAGAUGAAAUUAUAGCUUAGCAGAGGACUUUUCUUUAUUCUCUCUGGGUUCAAGUAAUAUAACAUUUUAGAGAACUAGGAAUCAAAAUUUCUCCCUCUAUUCAAGCAUUUAUUCCAAAAUUUGCUGACCGUUGGUGCCUCCACCUUGUCUUAUUUCUGUUUUCUAUAAUCUUUGAAGUCUAGUUUGAAGGUAGUUAUAUAAAGGUGACAGACUAUUCACCAGGUACUUGUGGCAAAAGUGAACUCCGGGGUUAAUUUC